AUGGCCUAUGAUUCACAUAAGCAGUCUCAAUAUUAUCAACAACAAUUUCAUCCUCAUCAACAAUCAUCCCAAGUAUCAUCUCCUUUAAGAAUGCAAGGAUUACAAGAAUAUCCUUUUAACUCUAAUACUGGAAAUUUACAUCAAAAUACAAAUACCAAUACAAAUAUUAAUAAUAAUAAUCAAUCAAACAUAAAUUCACCUGUAACUCCUCAACAUCUAAGAUAUAAUUCAAAUAAUAAUCAAUCUAAUCAAAAUAUUCAACAACAACAACUUCGAUCUAAUCUUCGAAAAAAUGCAUUCACUCAUAUGAAAACUCCAACUCCAUCAGCAUAUGAAGUUCCUUCAAGUCCAAAUGUAAAUCAUUUAUCUCAUUUAUCAAAUCAAAAUCAUUCAGAUCUGUCAGAUAGUAAUCCUGUAUUAGAUCUGAUUGUACAAGAUAUGGAAUCUAAACCUUCAGCAAAUUAUAUACAACAACAAAAGCAUCAACAGCAACAUCAAACUCAAACACAACAAGCUCAACAACAACAGCGACAAUCUCAACUGUAUAUACAACAGCAGUCUAAUCUAGAGUCUCAACCACUGCAUACACCACAACAACAGCAACAACAAACAAAUGCCGAAUCACAGCUGCAACAACAACAGCAACUGCAGCAGAGGGCGAUGUCGGACGAGGAACAACAAUUAGCCACAAAGUUGAAAGAGACAUACAAAAACAUAGUGAACUACGAAGAAGUUGUUCAAAAAAAUUGCAUAGAAAUAACAAUAAAAAUAAAUCAACUAACAACAAAUUCAAAUCCGAGUUUAGUUUAUGGAAAUCAGAUUAUAAAUCAAAAUUUAUCGAGCUCAUUAAAUUCAAAUUCUUCAUUAGGCUCACAAUCAACCAGAACUUCGGAAUUAUCAAAUGAUUUAUGGACAGUAUAUCAUCAUAAUAUAACAUUAUUAGAUAAUUAUUACGAUUUUUUAGUAACAUCGUUAAAACCAUCAUCAAAUAGAACUCAAUUCAAAACUGGUAAAAAUAUAGUUGAGCUAUAUAAAAUUCCAAGGAGGAUGUGGGUUUAUGGUAUAGUUGGAUUUUUGGAAGUACUAAAGAAUAUAAUGGGAAUAUUUCCAGAUCAUGAAAUUUGCUCAUGUUUUAUAUCACAUUGUUUUAAUAUAAUAUCAAACCUAACUGAUCCAAUUUUAGAAAUGGAAGGUUGGUGGUCUGAAAAAUUAGGUGAUUUAUCAAGAAUGGCAAUAGCAUUAUAUCUGUCAAAAUUUAUUGAUUGGAAAAUAAGUGCAGAAUAUUGGUAUUCAACUUCAAUGAAGACAUUAUAUGGUCAUGGUAAAAUUUACUAUCAUAUGUGUACCGUUCAACAGGACAAUUUAGAUGCAUUAGUUAAUAUAAGUAAAUCAGUUACAUGUCGAGAUCCAUUUGUUCCAACUCAACAUUAUCUUAGGUUAGUGGUUGAAAAUAUAUGUACUCAAAGAAAUAUUUUAUCAUUAUUAGAAUUACCAAUCAUUGAUUUUAUAAAAAUUCAUAAGGUAUUGUUAAGCAUAUACAAUGGUAGGAAUAGUGAAGGCACAUCUGUUGAAAAUAUUCAUGAUGCUCAAUUACAAUAUGGAAUUGAGUUGGUCACCAGAUAUGGAUUAACUUUUGGAUCAGAUUCAAAUGGAUAUAAUUUUUUCACUAGAGAAAUGUAUACUGGAAACGUCGAUCAACAAUAUAAACAACAAUUACAAUUACAACAACAGCAACAGCAACCAUCAGCUACAAAUACAUUGGAAAAAAUGAAUUUUUGGUUUAACAAAGGUUCAUUAUUUGCCAUUUCAAAUAUUAACCACCUAAUUGGAUUUGGAGAUGCUAAAAAUCCAUUUGCAAAAUUAUUUGAAUUACCAGAAGCAUUGAAAGAAAGGAAAGAUAAGAAAGAUCGUAAAAGAAAAUCAAGAAGUGUAUCACAAUCAGAGGAAGUUGUUUUAUCAAAUUUGGGUGCUGGAGGAAUUGAUGGACAAUCAGUUAUAGCAGCCCAUUUACAUAACUAUGACUGGUUUUAUAGUUUACAAUUCAUCAACAAAUCCGUAUUGGAGUUAUCAAUGAGAAUUUUAAAUCAUUAUUUAAUUGGUCCAAAACAAGCUUCAACUGGCCAUGUCAUUGUCUGGUUAUAUUUUUUAAUUAGUAUUGGAGAAGCAUCGAAGAAAUAUGUUAUAUCUCAACCAAUGAUUUAUUGGUUAUUUAAAAAUUUAUUUCCAUGGGAAUCAUUAAUCAACUACUUGAAUUCAUUAUUAUCAUUUAUCAAGAACAGUCCUAAAUUAUGUGCUCUAUAUACUCAAUAUUUGCAAUUACCAUACAUAACAUGGUUUUGUGAAAAUGAAUUUUUACCAGAAGUUUGGAAAUGUUGGGGUACAUUAUGGUUUGACUUUAUUAAUGAAAAAAAUGAUUAUAUAGACUUGGAAGAUGCAGGAGUUAAAAAUAAUAAUAUAUUUGAUUUACCAAUUUGUGGAACAUAUCCAAUUUUAAAUAUGUCAAGUGAUAAUUAUGAUCAAAAACUGAAAAAUCAAUUGGAAAAUGAUAAUGAUGAAAGAAUUGUUAGAAUUAUAUUAUUGGCUAGAACUAUUGCAGAUAAUUAUGAUUUUGGAUUAAUUAGAACAAAUAAUGAAUUCAAAUUUGAUAAAACUUUAUACACUAAAUCAGUUGUUGAUCCAUUUGCAGAAGAAUUUUUGAAUGAUGGUAGGUUUCAAAAUAAUAAUUUCAUUCAACCAAUCUCACCUGAAAAUACAACAAUUGAACCAAAUAAUGCAUUGACAUCAUUACAAAAAGAUGAAUUAUGGUUUGGUGGUUUAGAUAGUCAUUUAUAUGAAGAUGAGAAUUUGGAAUUAGAAGAUGAUAUAAUUGAUGAUGAAGAAGAACAAGACGAAGAUGAUGAAGACGAAGAUGAUGAUGAAGAAGAUGAUGAUAUACCCUAUGAAGAAGAAUAUGAAUCAAAUGCAUAUUCAAGACAUCAACAACUUCAACAACAACACCAUCAUCAACAACAAUUACAAAAUCACUCAAACGGUAAUGGAGAAUUUUAUAACGAUAGUUUCAUUGGUACGCCAACUGAUCCAUUAUCAUUGGGUACUUUGAAUAAUGAUGAAAUUGAAGGAAAUUUUGGAGAUAAAAUAGAUUCGAAUAUAACACAAAUUACUUUAGAUACAAAUAUAUGGUUAAAACAUUGCGGUAGAAUUUUUAAAUGUGUUAGAAAUGGUAUAUUAAAAAUUUCAAUACCAUUAAUUGUAUUUCAAGAAUUAAGAGCGUUGAGAAAAUCAUCAGAAGCCACAAUCGCAGAUGCAGCAACGAGAUCAGUUAUAAUAAUAAGAGAAUUAUAUUUAACAAGAGAAAUUACUCCAUUAAGAUUUGAUGGGACAAUAGCAUCAGAUAUAAAUGAAACUUUGGAAUUUGAAAAUAAUUCAAAUUGGAGAUCAAAUGUUGAUGAGACUAUAUUACAUGCUGUAAAUGAACAUGAUGAAAUUGGUAAAAGAUUUAUGAAAGGUUUAAAUUUAAAAUUAUCACCAUUUACCAAAAACAAUAAUCAUGUUCAUAAUAACUUUAGCAAUGACUAUCAAAAUCAAUUAUUAUUAAAUCAUCAAUUUAAUUCAAAUCAAUUUGACAAUCACAAUAACAACAGUAUUCAACAACAACAACUUCAUAAUCAUCAGCAAUUACAACAACAACCGCAUAAUACAUUAACAAAUUAUUUAAAAAAUUCUUCAACAAAUUCAUCAUCAGAUUUAUUAAAAAAAGAACCACAAAUUUUAAAUUCAAGAAUGGCAAAAUUAUUUAAAUAUUGUAUAUUAAUUACUGAUGAUAGAAAUAUGAGAUUAAGAGCUAAAACUAUUGGUUUAACUUCUUUUCAAAGUAAAUGGUUAUUUAAUCAAUUAGAAACGGUAUUUUCUGAUAGAUGUAUAGAUUAG